AUGUCUUCCUGACUUUCUGUGCAAGUCGGUCCCAGUCGAAGCGCGUUUCUUCGGGCUGAAGGCAGCUGCUCUUGGACGGUCUGGUCUUGGUCGAACUCCAACAACAACAACAACAAGAUGAUCGCUGCGGAGCCGCUGCGUUCGGCCACGGCGGUGGGCAGAGUGGAGGACACCUCCCUGGCUGUGCCCUCCGACGCCAGGCUGCACACCGGGGCGCACCGGGUGCUGGAUCAAGUGCAAACCAUCAAGAGGAGCAAGUCGAAACACGGCAAGAACGGCACUCCUACAAGUCCCACUUUGCCGUCUUUGACUCCACUGGGCGAGUUCUCAACGUUCCAGUUCCUACCCCCCAAAGUCAAUGGUACAUUCGGUCGCAGCCAGUCUACCAAGUCGGCAGGCUACAACAAAGCGCUGUACGCGCAAAAGACCCGAUCUCUGUCCUCCAAAAGCUUGGGAAGAAGACAUUUCAGCUCCUCGGGUGCGUGGGAGCAACAAAUCAACGCUUCCAAUUGGCCUCAAGGUCCCGCUGAGCUGAAACCCAGUCGCAGCGAUCCUGCUCUGGCUCCAGGAGUCAUCAUGAGAACCAAAGGUCAGACUGUGCAGAAUCAAGUGAAGAGACACAGCACUUAUUCUAUUAACAAUGGCUUCCAAACGGCUACCGGCCAACAACGGAUUAUCGGACAACCUUCCCAGUCGCAGACAAUCAAAAUGUCCAAGGUGGAGCAGAAAUCAGCUGCCAACAUUGCACCAGGCGCAUCCGAUCUGACCAUUAAGGAAGCUGUGGAGUUCCUGUCUCACCCUGAGGAGAAGUUCCAGCUCUGUGGUGCCACCAUCAUCCAGCAUAACACCUUUAAAGAAGAUCGUGCUAAGCAAGAGGUUUUGCAACUCGGAGGCAUCCCCAAUCUGGUGACUCUUCUGCGUAGCCCCAACCCGGCUGUGAGUCAGGCCGCCGCCGGGGCUUUAAGGAACCUGGUGUUCAAAAACCAGAGCAAUAAGCUGCAGGUUCAACACUGCGGCGGCAUCGCCAAAGCCCUGCAGUUACUAAAGGAGACCGAUUGCUCCGAGACACAGAAACAAAUCACAGGCCUCCUCUGGAACCUUUCUUCUGCCGACGAACUAAAGGGAGAACUUAUCGCCACGGCGUUGCCCGCAUUGACGGAGAAUGUGGUGGUGCCGUUCACCUGCUGGUCAGACGACAGCGCCACCAACAACAUUCACCCCGAGGUCUUCUACAACACCACAGGGUGCCUCCGGAACCUGAGCUGUGCCCAGCUGAGGGAGAGGACGGCCAUGAGAGACUGUCGUGGUCUUAUCGACUCCCUGAUGUCGUAUCUGCAGACCUGCGUGACGGAGGACAAUCCCGAUGAUAAGUCAGUGGAGAACUGCGCAUGUGUCCUCCAUAAUUUGACCUACCAGCUGGAGACCGAGUCCCCCAAAUGCUUUGCCAACUUCAUCCCUUCGACAGAGAGCCAAUCUGGCAGGAAAAGCCCUACAGUCGGGUGUUUCAGUCCCAAAAGCAAUAAGGUUCAAAAGCAGUUUUCAUUCGACGCUGUUCGAGGAAUGCUUGAAAACGAUGACCCGAAAGGCGCCAAGUGGUUGUGCCAUCCCAAAGCCAUGCAGACCUACUUGUCUCUGCUCAACCUGUCCCAGAAAGACGGCACCUUGGAGGCGUGCUGCGGCGCCCUGCAGAACCUGACUGCCAGCAAAGAACUAGGAUCCGGUGCCAUCAGUCAGAUCCUGGUCCAGAAGUUGGAUGCUCUGUCAUACAUCACCCCUCUGUUAAAGUCACCUAACCAAAGCCUGCAGAAGGCCGCCGUGUCCCUGCUGGGGAACAUGUGUCGGGGCGCCAACGUGAACGCCUCCAUGGCAAAGCAGGUUCUGCCAGAACUCACCGGCAUCCUCGCUGCCGGGCCCCGGGAGUUGGGGAACUCCGACGAAACAGUCGCGACGGCAUGCAACACGGUGCGGAAUCUGGUGCUGGCCGACCCCGAGGGCGGCAAGAAGUUUAUGGAUGGCAGUUUGGUGACAUCGGUGGCUGACAUUAGCGAGAACGCCUCUCUCCCCAAAGCCAGCAAAGCAGCCUCCGUCUUUCUGUACCAUCUAUGGAAUGACAAAAACUUGCAAAACAUUUUGAAAAAGUUGGGAAUGAGCAAAUCAUUAUUCAUUAACGACAACACCACAGCGGCAUACAGGUCGGUGCAGAUUAUCGAGUGAUGAGUGAGGGAGGAGCGGUGCAACGUUUUCCCCCGCAGAUGGAAAUCAGGAAAUGUCGAGGCCACGCCCUUGCAACAACACGGGAGGGUAAAAUAAACACCUUCACGAUCCACUUGCUUGAAAAAAAGCUUUAGCGAUUAUAAAUUCUUAUCUGCGGUACAUAUGUCGAAGAAAAAAAAAGCAUAAAUAAUCCUGCAGUGUAUGUGUAUUAUUUGGAUUUGAGUGUUUUUUUGCUUUGUUUACUUGAGUCUUGAGUAGUAAAUAAAUGCAGUUAACAGA